CAUAAGUCAAGUCAGGCAUCCAUCAGCCAUACAAUUGUCAAAAUGAGCGAAUUGAAAUUUUAAGUUUCUAUUUUUAAUAAAUUAUUUAAACAUAUUUAUAUAAUAAGGCUCAAAAAUUAUUAAUUUGAUAAAUCAAAACGUGAAAAAGAUGUGGAUAUUUGGCUAUGGAUCAUUGGUGUGGAAAGUAGACUUCAAAUACGAUUGCAAAAUCGUAGGUUAUAUAAAAGGUUACUUGAGAAGAUUUUAUCAACAUAGUAUUGACCACCGAGGAGUACCAGAAAAACCAGGCAGAGUCGUAACGCUGGUCCAAAGUGAUGACCCAAACAGCACAGUGUGGGGCAUAGCUUACAAGAUAAAAACAGAAGAUGUGGCUCAAGUCACCAAGCACCUGGACUACCGAGAGAAGAACGGAUACAUGAGGAAGACCAUCACAUUCCAUCCGGCAGACAUGAAUCAUGAACCAUUCCAGUUGACUCUGUAUGUGGCGACGGAGGAAAAUGAAUCUUAUGCUGGUGAAGCAUCAAUAGAAGAGAUCGCACAACAGGUGGUAUCCUGCCAUGGUCCCAGUGGGCCUAACAAGGAGUAUGUAUACAAUUUAGCAGCAACCAUGAGGAAACUUGUACCAGACGUCAAAGAUGAUCAUCUCUUUGAGCUAGAGGCUGCUGUGAGGAGACUAGAUCCGGAUUCCAAAAAGACUUGAGUGUGAUAUUCUUUUGUUUUAAUGUAGACCAAUCGCUGGGCGUAGCUUUGGUGCUUCUAUUCGAAUUUUGAAUAAGCCUUUUUAUCAUUAAAUAGUGGCUUUUAGUCUUUAUGAUGAAAGUCAAUAA